AUGGCUUCAGCAACAUUGUUUCGUCUUGAUCAGCGAGUAUCCAUUGCUGGCAAAGGCUUAGGAACUAUUGCAUUUGUUGGAAAAACAGAAUUUGCUGAUGGUGAAUGGAUUGGCGUUAUUCUUGAUGAACCAAAAGGAAAAAAUAAUGGCACUGUACAUAAGAAAGAUGGAACAAUUGUACAAUAUUUUACAUGUAAUGAUAAUCAUGGUCUUUAUGUGCGACCUGGACAAAUUGAAUCUGUAAUUAAUGAUUUACAACCAAAUCUAAGUCGAUCAGCUUCGAAUCAUUCAAUUAAAUCUCAAGGUAGUAGUACAGGAAGUAUUCCACCACCAUCAACUUCGGCAAUACCAAAAACCAGUGCAGUACCACCAAAACAAAGUGGACUUCGAGCACCAAUACCGGGUACAACCACGAAACCUUCAGAAUUUGAUGAUGAUAUUGAUCCGACAGGUGGUCUUAUUCGAACAGCUCAAUCAUCUAGUGAUAUUCCAACAGCAGUAGCAACAGAACAAAUAUCACCACCGAAAGAAGAGAUUAAAUCAAGACUAGUAUCACAAUCCAAAGCAACAACUUCUAUGCUACCACCAGCUUCAGUUCCUCCUAUGGAAUCAAUUAAUAUACCAAGAAAAUCGAUCAGUUCAAUAGCAGAAUCAUCAGAUUCUCAACAAAUGAUUAUAAGUCUAAAGAAUAAAAUUAGCGAUCAAGAAGAACAAAUUCAAACAUUAAUAAAAAAACGUCGUGAUGAUCUUGAAAAAGUUAAAGAAUUUGAACGUACAAGACUUCAACUUGAUCAAUUACAAACAUAUAAACGUGAAGCACAAGAACGUAUUAAAGAAUUAAAUGAUAAAGUACAACAACAAGAACAUGAAUUAAAAGAUACACGUGAUAAAUUUGCUACUUAUCGUGAUGAAAUGACUGAUACAGAAGUACGAAUUGAAUCACUUACACUUGAUCUUGAAAUGGCUGAAGAAAAACUUGAAACAAUAACAUUAGAAAAUACAACAUUAAAAGAAAAAUUCGAAGAAGUACAAUUAGAAUUAGAUGUUAUUAAAGGUGAAAUACAAUUAAAUGGACCUAAUCAAGUAGCAAAUGAUAUUCAACAAAAAAUUGAUGAUGAACGAACAAUUAAAAUGGAACAAGCAUUAAUUAAAUUGCGUGAUUUAUCAUUGACUAAACAAGCUGAAAAUGAUACAUUAAAAAAACAAUGUGAAACAUUAGAAUAUAAAGUCAAAACUUUAACAAAAGAAAAUGAAAAUGCUAAAGCUGAAAUUACAACAAUGCAAGCAACAAUUGCUGAUUUAACAGAACAGGUUGAUACAUGUUUGGGUGCUCAACAAAUGGUUGAUAUAUUAACAAAUAAAAAUCUUUCACUUGAAGAUCAAGUACGAGAAUUACAAGAAGCUGUUGAUAAUCUUGAAUCACUUUGUGAAAUGGAUAAAGAAAUGGAAGAAAAUGCUAAAGAAGUCGAACAUGAUCUUCGUGAAAAUAUUGAUUUAUUACAAAAUCAAAUACGCGAGAAAGAUCGACAAAUCGAACAAUUACAAUAUGUUAUCGGUGAUCAUGAACGAACAAUAUUAAAAUUUCGUGAAACAGUUAAAAAUAUGCAAUUUCAAAAUGAACAAUGUAAAAAACAAAUUGAAAAAUAUGAUGAACAAUUAAAACUAGCUGGUUCAGUUCAAUCAAGUGAAUUUAAAGCUAAAAUUGUUGAAACAAAAACAUAUGGUGAAAUAAUUGAAAAUGAAUUAAAAAAACUUGAUGUACAAAAUUUAAACAAACAUGUUCAUCUUUUAACAUUAUUUUUACCUGAACAAUUUCUUAAACGUGGUGCUGAUCAAGAUUGUAUACUUGUUCUUUUACUUAUUCAUCGUUUAAUAUCAAAAUGUGAUUUACUUAUUAAUGAAAUACAAAAAAAAAUUCCAAGAAUUGAUCAAAUUAAUUUUGAUGAUGUUGUUAAAUCACAUAGUGCAGAACAAUGGAGUUUUGCAUGUAAACUAUCUCAAUCAUUAUCAAUUUUUCAAAUGAUUCUUCGAAAAUUUGUCAAAGCAAUGGAAGUGUGCAAUCCUGAUACUCUUCGUCAUAUAGCUAGUACUUAUCCUGAUUUGUUAACACAUGAAAAAUCACUUGAUUUUCUUAUUGAUCUUUUACAAAAAGAUCAAUUACAUGAUUCAUUAUCAUUAAAUACAUUAGAUAAAACAAUAUCAUUCUAUGAACACAUCUAUAAAAGUUAUUUAAGUCAAGAAAACUUUUCUAUGUCGAAUUAUAUGCGAGAUUUAAUACGUGUAGUAUUAUAUAGUAGUGAUGCACUUCAAACCGAUAUUCAACGUAUACAAGUUUUACAAAAGCCUGACAGUGAUCAAAAUCCAUUUGCUGUUCUUAUUAAGCGUCUUAUUGAAAGUAAUGAACAAAUUCGAGCUCAAGCUAGCAAAAUAAAUCGUCUUGUACCACAAGAUGAUGAUAAAAAUCGUUCAUUAAUUCUCGAUUCAAAUAGCAUAUCUUCAAUUGAAACAUCUAUUCGUAAUUUAGAUCGUUUAACAAAAACAUUUCAUGAAAUAUGUUCUAGCUUAACAACACAAAUUCUUUUACUUUCUGAUGCUAAUGAACGAGUUAGCACAGAAGAUAUAGAAAAUAUUGCCUAUCAAGCAUGUGAUAAAAUCUAUAAAAAAGAAGAUAGUGGUCCAUAUGAAAGUCUUUCGGAUUCUAUGCACGAAACAGUUUCUAUAUUAACAACAAUAAGUAAUUCAUUAGAAACAGGUUCAUAUGAUUCAACAACAAUUGAACAAAAUAUUAAGCAAUCAAUUUAUUUAAUUGCUGAACAAUUUAAAACAACAAUAAAUCAAUCAGAUGUUAUUCGUAGUAAACUUGAAUUAAAAGAAGAAGAAUUAUUAGAAGUUAAAAAAGUACUUAAAAUAAAACAAGAUGAACUAAGUGAAUUAAAUAUACGUUUAUCAUUAAAUGAAAAAAAAAUUGAAAGUUUACAAAAAGAAUUCGAAGAGAAAGAUAAUAAACAUAAACAAACAUUAGAAGAAGUUAAGAUUGAUGGACAAAAAAAGAUUAAACAAUGUGAAGAAGCUAUAGCUGUUUUACAAAAUGAUAAUGAACAACUUGAACAAGAAAAAACUGCAUUAAAAGAACGACUUAAACAAUUAACUAAAAAUAAACUUGUUGAUGAUUUAAUGCAAAAAAAAAUUGGAGGAACAUUAAAAACACCUGGAUCAAGUACUUCUACAACUGAUGGACAAGUAUCUCCACAACGUCAAUUAUCAUCAUCAUCUAUGAGUGAUGGAAGUUUUGUAUCAACAACAAGUGAACAAGAAAUUGCAACACUUCGAAAUACUGUUCGACUUUUAAAAGAUGAAAUAUGGCAUCUAAAAAUGAAUCAUGCAUCAACUCAAUUAGCUGAACUUGAAACACCAAUACCGUCUACGAAAAUAAAUGAAAUAGCUGAAAUUUAUAAAAGUUCAACAUUACUUUUAAAUGAUCUAUUUUCAUCAAUAGCCAAUUAUAAAAUAACUGGAGAAAAUGUGGCUGUUAAACAAGAAAUUAUACGUUCAAAAAUGAAAUUAGUUGACCAAACAGCAAAUAAUCUAAAUAAUCGUCUCUAUCAAUGUCAAAGUAAUAUUAUUCCUGGUUCAACAAUUGAAACAAUGAUGAAAACAUUUUGCAAUCCACAAUUUUCUAAAACUGUUGUAAAUGAUCGACAAUUAGCAGCCGAAAUUCAAUUACCCGGUGGUGGUGAUGGUAAUGGUGCUGAAUUAAAUAUAACUCAAGAACAAUAUCGUACAAUAAUGCGUGAAGCUAUUGGUUGUGUUUAA